UUUUCUUCGAAAACAUUUUCCGUUAUACCAAACACACCCUAUAUAUAUGUAAUACAUAUUGAACACCCUUGUAACAAUGAAGAGGCAUAGCCCAGUGGCAAAGGGUGGUCAAAAUGCCUUAGAGGCGCAAGUUCGAACUCCUCGCUCCACAAUUUUUUGUUGCAGUACAAUUCUUUUUAAAGACAACUAGAUAAGCAGACUAAACGGCGUCGUUUUCUUUGUUUGACUUGCUUUAUAAUAUAAAAAUCAGGAAUAAACAAAUCUGUAUAAAACAAAAAUUACGAAUAAACAAAUUUAAUCCCUAAAAGGCAAAAUCGAUCCAUCAAAGUUCUUGCUGCUCUCCAUCUUCGCCGAUUUCCAUCUUCUUCGAUUUCUCUACCAAAAUCUAGGUAGACCAAAAUCUCCAUCUCCAUCUUCGCCGAAACCUAGGUAGACCAAAAUCUCCAUCUUCUUCGAUUUCUCUGCCAACGAACUUUUGCGUUUGAAAGUUCCUGCUGCUCUCCGUCUUCGCCGGUGUUACUCCGAGUCUCCGACUGUCCGAAUACUCCAUUCCGCCAUUGAACUGGUUCGAACUUCGAAUCUCGUCUUUCUUUUCCUUUUUUGCUUCAAAGUUUCAGUUGUGUUAAAUUUCUCUGAUUUUUUAUAUGAUAAAUAUUUUUGGGACAAUACACUGUGAGUAAUUAGUUAGCAUUUAUGUAUAUUGCUUGUUGUAAGUUCAAACACAAACUGUUGAUGUUCCUUUUGUUUAUUUAAUUGUUGAGGAGUAAUAUGUCUUAACUACUUUAUACAUUCAGGAAUUAAAGUUGCAAUGAACUUGUUGAAAUUUUACAACAAAGUACCAAAAAUAACUUCGGCUUCUCAAAAUCAAUCUAACAGAGAAGUAAUUGAUACAAUUGCUCCACAGUCUGAUCCAGCUGAAAGAACUCCAAUAUUGGAGUAUCAUCCAAACCAUCGCGAUGAAAUAAGGAGGGCAUACAUUCAAGGUGGUCCUUGCCAACCUCGGUAUCAUGACUUCCCUCAAUCUGACUUUUCUAAAUUUAAGCGUCGUUUUAAUCCUAUAUGGUUUGAUGAAUUUAAUUGGUUGGAGUAUAGUGUAAGUACCGAUGCUGCAUAUUGUUUACCUUGUUAUUUAUUUAAGGGCGAAAGUAUUCAUCAAGGUGGUGGUGAUGUUUUUUCGAGUAAAGGGUUUAGGAAUUGGAACAGAAAAGAAUAUUUUAAGAAGCAUGUUGGUUUGCCAAAUAGUAUUCACAAUAAAGCAAAUAGAAAUUGUGACGAUCUAAUGCGGCAAAAACAAUCUAUUGUUGCUGCAUUUGAGAAACAUUCUGAUCAAACUAAGCGUGAGUAUUGGGUUCGCUUAAAUGCUUCAGUUGAUGUGGUAAGGAUUCUCUUGAAGGAUUUGCAUUUUGCGGUCAUCACGAAAGUGAAACGUCAUUGAACAAGGGUAAUUUUAUUGAAAUUCUUUCAUGGUAUGCUGAUAAAUGUGAUAAGAUUAAACCCUUUGUGUUAUGUAAUGGGGAAAAAAAUGGAGCUAAUGGGGAAUGGUUGGAAUGGGGUAAAGGUUGGAGAUGCCACAGGAAGU